CUAUCAAUGGCGGAUAAUGAUCUUCAAAUAGUUGAUAACAAGAAUAUUCAUCAUGUAGAGGCACAAUACGUGGAGAUGAUGGUCCCCUUGUAUUCAUAUGGAUGUGAAAGGAAAGUGAAGAAGGCAUUGAUGUCCCAUCUCAAAGGUAUUUAUUCGAUCAAUAUAGAUUAUUAUCAACAAAAAGUUACUGUUUGGGGAAUUUGUAAUAAGUAUGGUGUGUUGGAAAUGGUGAAGAAAAAGAGGAAAGUGGCUCGGUUUUGGAAUCCAGAAGAUCAUAAAAUCGUAUUGGAUGAUGGUAAUCCUAAAUUAGAUAUGCGGCGGCCGGAAUCACAAGAACGGCGGCGGUGGCAGCACCGGCAGUGCCAGCUGGCAUUGGCAAAGGUUCAAUCUUUAUCUCUUAGUUGGAAAGCAUGGAAUUGGAAGAAGGUAUUUGAUAGGUCUAGCUCUUUCUAGAAACAUCCAAGAACAAGAAAAAGAACCCAACAUUCUAUUGUCACGUGGUCUUAUGUUUUUAGAAUGAAUGUAAUGAAUCUAUUAUAAGAACCCAACAUUAUAGUGUCAUGUGGUCUUAUUAAAUGUGUUUUAAUAUGAAUGUUAUGAAUCUAGUCUAAGGAACAUGAUGAAAAAUU